AUGAGUGAAGCAUUUCAAGUUUUCAAACGCCUGUUGGCCAAAGGUAAAGGACGGUUUGAUGCCGAUAGUGCUAAGAGGUACCGGCAGUAUUAUAAUGGUUUGACGGAUGCAGAGAAGGAAAAUGAUCAUGAGGUAUCUGUGAAUGCCUACUUGAAGUCGGGCAUGGCACCCAAGUCUGUUCGCUAUGCGGAAGUUUUUCGAAGAACGUUUGGUGACCUUCGUGCAUAUGAAGAGGCAGUGGCUGAUGGCACGUUGUCGGGAGAGGCGGAAAGAAUUCGGGGCGAGAUGGUAUUCACUCAUUUAGCAGAGGUCAUGAAUGAAAUUGAAAAGAAAACAGUGUGCAUCAUCGUGGAUAAAGAGCUUUAA